AUGGUGUGUGUGUGUGUGUGUGCGUGUGUGUGUGUGUGUGCGCUAGGGGGGGGGGGGGGGGGGGGGGGUUGUGGGGAGUGAUUCUAAAAAGCUCGGAGGCUGAGUGACUGAAUGCUGUAAAAAGCCCAGAUGCUGUUUCCAGUCUUCCCCUGGUGAUGGCUGUGUACUGGUAGACCAUGAUUGAUCCAUCUAGGGAGCGCCGGUAUCUAAAUAAUUGAUCAACUAUUAUCAGCCGCAAAAUUUACUUGUUGGGAAGCAGAGGACGCAUUAGUGGUUGUUUUGGGGAUUUAUUUGAAUGCAUUGUCAAUCCCCUUGUGAUGCAUUUCUCCGUCAUCCACUUGGAAUCUUAUAAGUUAUUAUGUUAACUGUAUUAAAAAAGAUGGCAGAAACCCCAUGUUGAAGAAACCCCACGUUGAAGAAACUCCUUGAUGCACAUCCCUUGUUGUAGCCAUUUUAGACCCACGCUCUAAAUAAUAGGCUGAGAGGCCUCAUGCACCAAUGUCUAAAUUCGAUAUUCGGCAUAUUUGAAUUGUGUAAAAUUGAUUGUAUCUUGUGAAUCGUUCAAUCUAUAUCACCUUUAACCGUAUCGAGAAACCUGCACUAAUCUAACAGAGACUUGAAAUUGUGUGAAGAAAAUCACCAUUAGCAGCUUUGUACAAAAUGUAUAAUGAUUACCUAGCUGUUUUAAAAAGAUUUUAGUGCCAGUUUUUCACUCAAUCUUAUUUAUAAACUCAAAAGAUAAAAAACAAGCAUUAUUCUUUUAUUUUUUUAGGGGGUAGAUCAGCUUUAAUAUUGCAGAUGGAUUGUAACUUCCAUCAAUGUAAUUGUCUGCAUCACUUCCAAUCCCCCAUAUGUUUUUUUCUCUCGCAAAUAUAUACAGUGGGGGAAAAAAGUAUUUAGUCAGCCACCAAUUGUGCAAGUUCUCCCACUUAAAAAGAUGAGAGAGGACUGUAAUUUUCAUUAUAGGUACACGUCAACUAUGACAGACAAAUUGAGGAAAAAAAAUCCAGAAAAUCACAUUGUAGGAUUUUUAAUGAAUUUAUUUGCAAAUUAUGGUGGAAAAUAAGUAUUUGGUCACCUACAAACAAGCAAGAUUUCUGGCUCUCACAGACCUGUAACUUCUUCUUUAAGAGGCUCCUCUGUCCUCCACUCGUUACCUGUAUUAAUGGCACCUGUUUGAACUUGUUAUCAGUAUAAAAGACACCUGUCCACAACCUCAAACAGUCACACUCCAAACUCCACUAUGGCCAAGACCAAAGAGCUGUCAAAGGACACCAGAAACAAAAUUGUAGACCUGCACCAGGCUGGGAAGACUGAAUCUGCAAUAGGUAAGCAGCUUGGUUUGAAGAAAUCAACUGUGGGAGCAAUUAUUAGGAAAUGGAAGACACAAAAGACCACUGAUAAUCUCCCUCGAUCUGGGGCUCCACGCAAGAUCUCACCCCGUGGAGUCAAAAUGAUCACAAGAACGGUGAGCAAAAAUCCCAGAACCACACGGGGGGACCUAGUGAAUGACCUGCAGAGAGCUGGGACCAGAGUAACAAAGCCUACCAUCAGUAACACACUACGCCACCAGGGACUCAAAUCCUGCAGUGCCAGACGUGUCCCCCUGCUUAAGCCAGUACAUGUCCAGGCCCGUCUGAAGUUUGCUAGAGUGCAUUUGGAUGAUCCAGAAGAGGAUUGGGAGAAUGUCAUAUGGUCAGAUGAAACCAAACUAGAACUUUUGGGUAAAAACUCAACACGUCGUGUUUGGAGGAAGAAGAAGGAUGAGUACAAUCCCAAGAACACCAUCCCAACUGUGAAGCAUGGAGGUGCAUUCUUUGGGGAUGCUUUUCUGCAAAGGGGACAGGACGACUGCACCGUAUUGAGGGGAGGAUGGAUCGGACCAUGUAUCGCGAGAUCUUGGCCAACAACCUCCUUCCCUCAGUAAGAGCAUUGAAGAUGGGUCGUGGCUGGGUCUUCCAGCAUGACAACGACCUGAAACACACAGCCAGGGCAACUAAGGAGUGGCUCCGUAAGAAGCAUCUCAAGGUCCUGGUGUGGCCUAGCCAGUCUCCAGACCUGAACCCAAUAGACAAUCUUUGGAGGGAGCUGAAAGUCCGUAUUGCCCAGCGACAGCCCCGAAACCUGAAGGAUCUGGAGAAGGUCUGUAUGGAGGAGUGGGCCAAAAUCCCUGCUGCAGUGUGUGCAAACCUGGUCAAGACCUACAGGAAACGUAUGAUCUCUGUAAUUGCAAACAAAGGUUUCUGUACCAAAUAUUAAGUUCUGCUUUUCUGAUGUAUCAAAUACUUAUGUCAUGCAAUAAAAUGCAAAUGAAUUACUAAAAAAUCAUACAAUGUGAUUUUCUGGAUUUUUGUUUUAGAUUCCGUCUCUCACAGUUGAAGUGUACCUAUGAUAAAAAUUACAGACCUCUACAUGCUUUGUAAGUAGGAAAACCUGCAAAAUCAGCAGUGUAUCAAAUUCUUGUUCUCCUCACUGUGUGUAUAUAUAUAUAUAUAUAUAUAUAUAUAUAUAUAUAUAUAUAUAUAUAUAUAUAUAUAUAUAUAUAUACUUUCCAACCCCACCACCUCUUCCCUAAUUGGAGUAAACUAGUGAACAACAAUGCUUAGGCCUCUACUUCCAGCUUAUACAUACUAUAUAAAUUUUAUGGACACAGUCAAUUUUACAAUAAUUCUAUUUAGUUUGUUUUUACUCCUGAACGUCCUCUACUCUCAACCUCUCUGAUCAUUUUCAUGAUGUCCAUCCGGUUUGCUUCUAUAUGCCAUAUCUUUCUAACUGUGAUCUUUCACAAAAGCUCUCAACCUAUAACCUAUAUACUUAUUAUGGACACAGUAUGCUUUACAUUAUUAGUUAUCUUGUUGUUAUUAGUUGUUGUUAGUUGUUAUUAGUCCCAUCCUUCAACUUCAUUCAACACCACCCAUCUAUCUCUUAACACCAUCCAUAUUGGAUUUCUGUUUGCCAUAUAUUUUUCAACUGUACUGUGAUGUUUUACAAAAGUUCUGAACCUUUCUAUUCUCAUUGUUUCUACAGAUUGUAAAUUGAAAAUAAACAUUUUUGCUAAAAGUAUUAUUAUAUUAUUGAUCGAUUGACUAUGACUUAUCAGAUCACCCAGUAAUGCUAUCUGCAGGGUUAGCUCCAGGUAAAUAUUGCAAUCCUUUAGCCAUUCCUGGACCUGUGUCCAAAAACAAGCUACAAAUGGACAGUACCAAAACAAAUGAUCUAAUGAUUCUAUCUCUUUGCAGCAAAAUCUGCAGAGCUGGGAAGAUUGUAUCCCCCAUAUAAAUAACAAUCUAUUGGUAGCAAGAAUUGUAUAUAAUAAUUUAAAUUGAAAAAUUAUACGUUUUGAAUCCGGCGUCAUUUUGCGUAUCAGUUCAUAAACACUAUGCCAUGGAAUCGGUACGUCAAAAAUCUCUUCCGAACUAUUUUGCAAUCUGUAUGGGACGGCUGUCAAUCCUUUGGUCCUUAAAUGAAACUGGUAUACUUUUUUAUUUAUCACAAUUUUCUUUAACCAAUUAUAUUCUUUAAUGCAAGGCCGACAGACAAGUUCCUUACUUUUUCCUCCUUCCACUUUCCUUUUCCAUUUUUGCGGUAAUGCUGCUAUUAUUUGGUUGUAAUUUUUGGUAGAGCAGACAUUUCCAUAUGUUUUUGUUAGCUGCAUGUGCGACAUAACUCCACCAGUCCUACCUAUAUCAUUUACGAAGAUUAUACCUUUUUUAAACAUUUUGUCAAUUUUUUAUCGAUUAGUAUUUUAUUUUAUUUAUUUAUUUAUUUUACCUUUAUUUAACUAGGCAAGUCAGUUAAGAACAAAUUCUUAUUUACAAUGACGGACUACACCGGCCAAACCCGGACGACGCUGGGCCAAUUGUGCGCCACCCUAUGGCCGUUUCUGGAGGAUUCAAUUGAAAUUGCAACCAACUUUCUAUGGCUUGUUUUAGAAAUAGUGAUAUUUGGGAGAUUAUUUCCUUUUCAAAUAACUGAAAGUGAGAGGUUGUAAUCUGAAUAAAGGGAAAAAGGCCAUUCUUGAUCAUUGGAUGAGACAAUCUUACUAAUUUGCUAGAGAACAAGUUCAGAUUUAAUUAUAACUUUUGUAUGACUGAAGCUUUUAGUGCUAGGUCUAAUUAUAUAUUUAAUAUUUAAUAAUUUCUGUACUCCGACUUCAUAUUCAUUAUAUAAAUAGGCCCGUUUAAUUUUGUCUGGCUUGCCGUUCCAAAUAAAAUGGAAUAGUUUUUUCUCAUAUAAUUUACAAAACUGUUCUCUUGUGUAGGCAAGACCAUAAGCAAAUAGGUUAACUGGGAUAACACUAAAUAGUUAAUAAGGGUGAUUUUUCCACAAAUUGACAGGUAUUUACCUUUCCAUGGUAGCAAGAUCUUAUCUAUUUUUGCUAACUUUCUAUUAAAAUGUAUUGGAGUGAGAUCAUUUAUUUCCUUUGGGAUAUGUAUUCCGAGUAUAUCCACAUCACCAUCAGACCAUUUUAUUGGUAAACUACAUGGUAAUGUAAAAAUUGUAUGUUUUAGUGAUCCAAUAUGUAAGAUAGUACAUCUAUCCUAAUUUGGUUGUAAUCCAGAGAGGUUAGAAAAUGUAUCUAGAUCCUCUAUGAGGCUGUGGAGGGAUUCAAGUUGUGGAUUUAAAAGAAAACAUGAAUCAUCAGCGUACAAUGACACCUUUGUUUUUAAGCCCUGGAUUUCUAAUCCCUUGAUAUUAUUGUUGGAUCUGAUUUUAAUAGCUAACAUAUCGAAGGCCAUAAUAAAUAGAUAUGCCGAUAGUGGACAACCUUGUUUUACUCCUCUUGACAGUUUAAAACUUUCUGAGAAAUAGCCAUUAUUUACUAUUUUACACCUAGGGUUACUAUACAUGAUUUUAACCCAAUUUAUAAGAGAUUGUCCAAAAUUGAAAUGCUCCAGGCAUUUAUAUAUAAACGCCAGUCGUACUUUAUCAAAUGCCUUUUCGAAGUCUGCUAUGAAUAGCAGGCCUGGUUUCCCAGAUUUUUCAUAGUGUUCUAUUGUUUCCAGUACUUGCCUUAUAUUAUCUCCAAUGUAUUGUCCAUGUAAAAAAAACCUGUCUGAUUAGAAUGAACAAUGUCCGACAAUACCUUUUUAAUUAUAUGCGCUAUACAUUUUGCUAGAAUUUUUUUAUCACAACACUGAAGUGUAAGGGGCCUCCAAUUUUUUUAAAUGGACAGGAUCUUUAUAUUUUCCACUUGUAUCCUGUUUCAGUAAUAAUGAAAUCAGACCUUCUUCUUGAGUGUCUGAUAAUCUACCAUUUACAUAGGAGUGGUUAAAACACGCUAAUAACGGUCCUCUUAGUAUAUAAAAAAAGGUUUGGUAUACCUGGACUGGUAUGCCAUCCAACCCUGGAGUUUUCUCCCGGACUUAAAGUAUUUAAUUGCAUCCAGAAGUUCCUCCUCUGUAAUUUCACCUUCACGUGAGUCUUUCUGUAUGGCUGUUAAUUUUACAUUGUCAGUAGAAAAAAAAUCUCUACAAUUAGCUUCAGUUAGAGGAGAUGGUGGCGACUGAAACGAACACAUAUGCUUAAAGUACUUUGUUUCCUCCUUCAAAAUAUAAUUUGGUGAAUCAUGGGUGACUCCGUAAUUUGUAACCAGUUUCAGUAAAUUAUUUUUGGUAGCAUUCCUAUGUUGAAGAAUAAAAAAUAAUUUGGUGCAUUUUUCCUCAUAUUCCAUCCAGUUUACUUAAUUUUUUAUAAUAUAUUACACUUGAUCUUUCUUAAGUUCCUCCAUUUAUUUUUGUUUUUCCUCUAAUUUAUUCUGAGCCUCUAUGUUACAGUUUUUAUUGCUAUUCAUCUGUUCUGUUAGACCUUCUAUUUCCUUUGUUAGUGUGGACUCUUUUGACCUAAAUUGCUUUUGUUUUCGAGAUGAGUACUGAAUUGCAUGGCCUCUAAAGGCACAUUUAAAGGUGUCCCAUACAAUAAAGGGAUUUGCUGUACCUAUGUUAUGUCGGAAAAAAUCAGUUAUAAAUUAUUCUGUCCUAGUUAAAAACAUGUUAUCAUCCAAUAGGCUUUGAUUACAUUUCCAAUAUCCUCGCUCACGUGGAAAUUCAGUAAGAGUAAUGUAUAUGCCAGUUAUAUGAUGGUCCGACCGCAUUCUGUCCCCUAUCAACACUUUUAAACUUUUGGUGCCAACGAGAAUGACAUAAGAAUGAAGUCAAGACGACUUGCUUGAUUGAGUCUCCGCCAUGUAUAUCUCACUAGAUCAGGAUAUUUAAGCCUCCAUAUAUCUACUAGUUCUAAUGUAUCCAUGACAUUCAUGAUUUCCUUAAUAGCGUGAGGGUGAUUGUUUGUAGUGUGAUUUCCUUUACGGUCCAUUGAGCUAUUUAAAACGUUAUUAUAAUCUCCCACCAUAAUAAUAGAGUCUUGAAUUGCUUGCAGGAUUGAUAAUUUAUUCAUAUAUAUUGUCAAAGAAGUGUGGAUCAUCAUUAUUUGGUCCGUAAAGGUUAAUGAGCCAUAUCUGUUUAUGGUCCAAUAACAUAUUUAAAAUAAUCCAUCUACCUUGCGUAUCUAUUUGGACAAUUUGCACAUUCGGAUCGAAAUUACUGUUAAUUAAUAUCAUCACCCCUUUUGAGUUUCUUUGCCAAUGGGAGAAGUAUAUUUCCCCCCCCCCCCCCCCCCCCAGUCUUUUUUCCACACAACUUCAUCUAUAAUUGUUGAAUGGGUUUCCUGUAAACAAUAGAUAUUAUAUUCCUUCUCUUUGAGCCAUGUAAAUAUUGUUCUUCUUUUGUUAUUAUCUGCUAAGCCAUUACAAUUAUAACUGGCUAUACUUAUUUCACCAUUUACCAUAAUGAGAUACAAGUUUCAGAUCUAUUUAUCAUUACAGUUAUAACUGGCUAGAUCUCCUAUUAUUUAUAAACCCAAAAGAUAAAAAACAAACAAGGUCUCCUAUUAUUUUCUUCUCAAUCAUUUAAAGCUGCAAUAUGUAACUUGUGGGGGCGACUGACCAAAUUCACAUAGAAAUGGGAGUUAUAGAUCUGUCAUUCUCAUUGAAAGCAAGUCUAAGAAGCGGUAGAUCUGUUCUAUGUGCGCUAUUUCUAUGCUUCCCGUUCUUAAUUUUUGCGUCUUUUACUUUCGGUUUUGUACACAAGCUUCAAACAACUGAAAAUACAAUAUUUUUGGUUAUGGAAAAUAUAUUUCACAGCGUUUUAGAUGAUACAAUGGUUCUCUGCUCUAUACUUGCUUGUUUUGUCACAUAAACUGAAAUUAGGCGAACUAUUAGAAUUUUAGAACAGAAAUUGUAAAUGUUGUGGGCAUAAACGUAUUAUUUUUCAUGUUGUUGUUGUUUUAAAUGAUUAAUUGAAACAAAAGAGACUGAUCAACUCUGUUUAUCUUUGUUUUCUUCCAGAUAACUGAGUCAGGCAAGGAGACGCUACCAGAAUGGCUUCACUGGGACUGGAAGAGCAACGUCCUACAGGGUCUACCGCUGGGGGAGGACAAAGGUGUCCACUACAUCACCGUCUCCACAUCCAACGGCAGCCAGGACAUCUUCUCCAUCGAGGUGCACCCAGAUGAGCACCCUGACACCGACCCGAUCCAGUCAGCAUCCAACAACGAGGCCCAGCCGUUCGUCUGUGGCAACGAGGAGCCGGUGACGGUGCUCACGGUGAUUCUGGACGCCGACCUGACUAAGAUGAGCUCCAGACAGAGGGUGGAGCUGCUUGGUAAGAUGAGGAAGUUCUCUGGCGUGGCGCUCCAGCACAUGAAGAUACUUCCCGUGGUCAACAACAGAUUGUUCGACAUGUCCGCCUUCAUGGCCGGACCGGGAAAUGCUAAAAAGGUGGUGGAGAACGGAGCCCUGUUAUCCUGGAAGCUGGGCUGUUCCCUGGACCAGAGUAACGUCCCUAACAUUAGCAGCGUCCAGGCACCAGCUAAAAAGGGCACUAUGUCGGCUCAGUUGGGAUAUCCGGUCGUCGGUUGGCACAUCGCCAACAAGAAGCCUCAUAUUCCAAAACGGGUGAGGCGCCAGCUCAACAAUACCCCUACUCCUGUUCUAGCUUUGCCUCCCCCAACGUCUGUCGUCGAGCCCCCUGUUCGCAUUGUACCAACCCUGUCGUCACCUGCCAUUGCUGCCCCCACAGACAGCUCUGCCCCACCCAUGAGAGGGCCUGUGCCCUUGCCCAUGAAGCCCACGAUCCGUGUCAGAGACUCCUAUGCCCACACUCCCACUCAGGGUGCACCCCUGCCAACCAGAGUGAUGGAGUCCACUAGUACCAUCUCCAUUCAACCCACGAUGACCAGGCAUACCGUUGUGGAAGCUACACCGACACUCCCUCCACCCACCACAGUCGCCACCAGAAAGCCAACCAAGAAACCAAAGAGACCGAAGACCACUCCGAUGCCAAGGGAACCCAAGACCACCACUGCCAAACCAGCCAGACGCACCACUCCUUCGUCCAUCGUGCCUGACCCAAGUAAUGAGAAACCAGAUCUCCGCAACCCCAUUGAUCAGGUCAAUGCCUUUGUGGGCACAUACUUUGAAGUGAAAAUUCCCAUCCGAUACGUUCUUUGA